AUGUUUAAUAAUUAUAGUGCUCUUUUAGUCUUGAUUUCAUUUUGUGUUUGUUAUGGACAACUGCCUAUUUUCAGGAAUUAUGAGUAUAUAUCGUCCACAAAGUCUCCUUUGCCCUUCCCAGCGUGCCGUGCUGAUGAUAUAGAAUGCCUUCGACGAGGACUUCGAACGUUCUUUUUUCUUAUGGAUUCUGGUCAUUUGGGUAUGAACCCUGUCGACCCCAUGGUGUUGAACAGCGUGACGGUCGCUGUACCCGAUGAGCAAAUGUCAUUUCUGUUCAGAAAGGUUAACGUCACAGGAGCUAGGUGGACUAAGCUCGUGGAUAGGAAAUUUCAUUUUAAUAAUGGUAAAAACAGUGUUCGUUUUAAAAGUGACUUGCAUGUUGUGGGGGAAAUUACCAUGUCUUUUGCUGGGCGAACGGAUCCCCAUGUUUCUGUCCUAACAAUGGACUUGAGUGAUAUUGAAACCAAUAUUACAUAUUCAUGGACAGGUCAACGAGGAUAUGAUACAGAAGACUACAUAAUAAUUGGUCAAGAAAGAAUAGCUGUAAGAAAUUCAAGAACUCCAUCUUUCUUUUUACAACCUAGAGGAACUGAAGAUGCUUACAUGAUUGAAAGGGUCCUGUCAGCAAAAAGUGCUGUCCUAGAUUUCUUAGCAAAUGAAGUGACUGUAGCAUUGAUGCAUGCAAUUGUUGAUAACUUUAGAUUAUUUGCUAAUCAAGUUCCAGUAAAAAACUAUUAUACUUAUAAUUAA